AUGGAAGAGAAAAGCAUAGCUGACAUCUUCGACUUCAUUGGGUUUGGACGCUUCCAAAGAUGUUUGCUGAUCAUUGCAGGGCUUGGCUUCAUGGCAGAUGCCAUUGAAGUCGGCGUUAUCACAUUUUUGGUGCAGAAAGCGAAAGAGGAAUGGCCUGAAGUAGAAGGCUGGCAACUGAAUGCUUUGUCCACAAGCGUGUUUACCGCCAAGCUGCUUGGGAGCUGGAUCUGGGGGAGCUUGUCAGACCACUUGGGUCGCAGGCUAACCUUCUUACUGGCCAAUCUGUUCCUCUUAGUCACUGGCUGCCUGUCUGCUGCAGCCCCGUCGUAUUUUUGGCUAGUUGCGGCACGCGCACUGGUUGGCCUAGCGAUCGGAGGAAUCAUCGUUCCUUUUGAUAACCUGGCUGAAAGCGUGCCAGAAAGCUGGUCUGGAAGCGUUUGCUUUGCAAUCGAAUAUUUUUGGACGCUUGGAAGCCUGUAUUCCAAUGGUUUAGCUGCCCUGGUGAUCGAGCCGUUGGGAUGGAGGGUCUAUUUGCUUUUCAGUGCUCUCCCAAUCCUACUGGCGUGCAUGGGCUACUUCUUCUUAGAGGAGAGUCCCAUGUGGCUCCUCGAUCGUGGUUAUGACUAUGAAGCCUGGCAGGUGUUGCAAAGGAUCAGCCGCAUCAAUGGCAAGGACCUGAGCAACAUGGCGUUAGUGUCCUAUGCCAGAGAAGCGGAUCCUUCAUGCAGAGAACUACUGGUUCCGUCGCUCCGGAGAAGCCUGCUUUCUUUGAGUAUCAUUUGGUGGCUUGGACUCUUUGGCUACUACGGUGCUUCCUUGGGCAGCGGUUUAAUUUUCUCCUCCAGUGGUUCCUUCGACUACGGUGAACUGAUCUUCUCCAGCAUGGGGGAGAUUGCAGGAGUGACCGUAGCCAUGUGUUUGGCCUGGCGGGUCUCGGAAAUCAUCAUCCAGCCAUGGUUCUACUUGGUCAGCACCUUGGCUUGCCUUGCUGUCCUCAUUGCACAUGCCUUGAAGGGACCAGCUCUGCUGCUGGGUGCCCUAGCCUUCAUUUUGCGCGCUGGAAGUAUGGGUGCAAUUUCAGUGACUUGGGUUUUGACACCCACAGCAUUUCCAACACACGUGCGGUGCACGGCGCAUAGCAUUCUCUAUACUGCGGGCUCUCUUGGACCGGUCUGUGCCACGUUGUGGCCUGGAACAACGCCACUAGCCGUGAUCAUGGGAAGCUACGCUGGGGCCAACUUGGUCUGUGCAAUUGUCGGGCAGUGGCAAGUCAAAGGUCUUGCAGCGCGUGGAGCCUUCGAUAGUCUCAUUUCAGACUUGCACGCCUCGAACCUGGAGCGCAGGGCCAGAUCCUCCAUCACCAGGGAGAGUCGUGCAUCGAGACCCACUUGGGCCAGUCGGCCCAGUUGGAUGAGCCGGCCCAGCUGGAGCAGUCAGCCUGAACGAAGCUCCAAUCUCCUGCAAAACGCUGAAUGA